GUGCACUGGUACACAGUCAUGAAAAUGGGCACUAAAGGGUUAAUGCACCGCACCUGGUGAUUGGGCUCUAAGCAAUUAAUACACACAUGCAGGGGCGGACUGACAACUCAUGGGGUCCCCAGGCAAUAGGGGACCGUGGGGGGCCCCUAUGUCCUUGCCCACACUCAAACCACACCCAAAAAAAGCCUAUGGAAAAGGUACCAGAGGCAUCUCAUGGGGCCCCCUUCUGAUCCCGGGCCCUUGGGCAGUGCCCGAGUUCCCAAAUGGUCAGUCCGCCCCU